AUGACGAAUGGGAUCGGCGAGCGGGGGCUGCAGACCACAGUGGAGUAUGCCGUGGUUCCAGGACAAUUUUCCCGUUGGGUGGCGGUGAGAGGCCACACAAACGAGAUUUUGGGAAACCUGGGGGUGGUCGAGAUGACGGCAGGCUCCAGUUCAAAGACCUGUUUGGAAUCGAUCGCCAAGGUGGUGACCGGAUUUCAACCCGUGGACAAGUACGACAACAAGAUAAAGAUAUCGUCGAUUUCUGAGCAUCCGGAAGUCGGCAUUGAGGGCGAUGAUCAAUCGACGAUACAGCUGGUACAGCAAGCAAGCGGCCCAUUUUGUCUGAAGAAACUCAAGGAGGGGGAUUUGUUCAAAUUCCCCGCCGGCUUCAACGUUUCUGGUGGACCGGGGAAGGUAUCCCUCGUCAUCCGCAAACCGCGGACCGUUACCGCUAGUGGAGGUUUGGGUAGCCCGCACAAAGCAUCUGCGCUGUACCUACCAGUGCUGUUGAAGGCGGGCCUGCCCGGAAAGGUGCUGAUCCGGAGGGAGCUGGACCAGGACGAGUUUUCAGAAAAUAUCACAAUCUCGGAACCAGGAGGGUUCGAGAUAUCCGACCUCGAGGUCAGGCUGGAAGACGCUGCGGGAAACCGGGCGUCGUUGACUCCCGGAGGUGUCAAGGUCCAAGUGGCUGACACGCGUCACCAGAGACUCCUUGCGGAGUGCAAGACUGCGGACUCCUCCUUUACCAUGCCGAUGUUUACGUUGCCCCACGAGGAACGCAGGGAGAGUGUGACGUUACAGGUUCGCGUUGAAGCGGAAUGCCUGGGACGUGUUCAGCAGGCAUUCAUUGAAUGGAACAGGGAAAAGACGAAUGCAGUCACGCACGUGCACAUGGCCGCGUAUUCCCCGGGACUUGCUUUCGAAUGCGAGAAAGGCAUGGAUGACAACUAUGCGGUUGAAGUUGAGAGGCGGGUGGACAGCCCGCUGCCGACGCUCCUCGUCUGGGUGGACACGGAAAACAACAUCGGGUUCUUGCCCUCGGCUGAGAGUUUCGUCAUCACGAUGACCAAAGAGGGGUCUCCGAUAUGCAGCUAUGAGGAGAAACGAUACGAGCAGCCACACUCGACGGAGGAGGUGGAGAUGAUCAUGCGAGCCGUGCCAGGUGACCCAUCAACGCUGAAGCCCACGCGGGACCCCUUCCCGGAAUCUCUUUCUGCCAGCAACGCACACGACGUCGGGGCGCACCGGCGGUUGUUGGAGAACUUCGAAAUCCGCGUCGUUGACCGCAAGGACAACGUCGUUGGCGAGAGCUUCAACGGGCCCGUACGCAUGCAAAUAAAAGCCUCGGACGGACUACUUGUCGCACCGUCGGACAUGCCCCAGCUGGAAAACGCCUCCAAUGGUAUUCUUACGGCCGAGCGCAUCGGUGCGGGGGGUUUCAGGUUUAAAGAUGUCUCGCUACAGGCCGGGGUCGGGUCGACGGAGGGCACAUACAGGGUCCUGAGACAGCCAAGAACGAGGCGUGUCGUCGCGUCGCAGCAAUGA